CAUCCUGCUGUUUCCAUGGAAGCCCACCAUGUUAGGACCUAGGACCAGCAGUCAAGUACAAUGAUAGCUAGCAAAAUCCCAAGGCUACAGAAAUUACAUUUAUUAAAUUGUGUACAUAGCUAGCUAGAUAGUUCGCCCAUCAGAGCUACACACACGCCAAGUGUAUUCAUGUUAAUUUCAACGUUAUCACCUAUAAGGGCGACCAGAAUGAACCGUUUUAAUUCCACCGUCCCGGAUGACGAGUACCUUGCGGACAGUAAUGUAUUGUUCUACCUGAGUGAUGCGGUGACCCAGCUGCUGGAACAUAAAGAGGAGUACACCCAGUUCGGGGUGAUCCGUUACUUUGCAGAAUAUUUCAGCAGUGUAAAGAACAGUAACCACGUGCUCUUCCGAGAGUAUAACUACAUCAGGGCCACUCCUCAUAACAGAGCCUCCUUCAUCAGAGUCUUCUGGAGAUGCUACAGACAGAUUGGCAAGAAUGGAGACUUACUGUCCAUGCUGGAGUACAGGUCGCUGCUGCAGUUAUUGUGUCCAGACUUCCCUUUGGAGAUAUUGCAGAGUGCAGCCAGAAUUGUUCUAAUGGACGACGCCAUCGACUGUCUGAUGUCUUUCUCUGAUUUCCUUUAUACCUUCCAGCUACAGUUCUACUACCAAGAGUUCCUGGACAGCGUGCUGGUGAUCUACCAGGAUCUGUUAGCAGGGAAGAGUCCUAACACUGUCAUCGUCCCCACGUCCACGUCCAUCGAGCAGCUCCCCUCUGCCGCUGCCGAGGAGAAUGACAAGGAGGAGCAGCAGCAGGACGGAGUGGAACCGUCCACUCUGGCUCAGUGUAUAGAUGCCUUCUGUGACAGGUUCAAGCACAGUCAUCCUCCCAGGUCCUGUAUGAGGGAAGUACUGGAACAGUUUAACAAAGUGUCUUACUACAGCUUCCUAAUGGGCCUGGCUAAACAUGAGACCAUCAACCAAACUAUAGGAGCAUUACCCAGCAAGGCUGAGUUGCUCAUUGACCCAGAGAUGGACCAGGAGCUAGACAAACUAAUUGCCCAGAUCUCAGUGAGUCCUGGCAGCAACAGCAGUGGCAGUGCAGUGGGGGGGCUGAAGGAGGUGCAGAGGAAGGCCUCCCCCAGAAGGAACAUCCACCACAGGAGGAAGAUGGAGGUGGAAAGCGAUGGUUCCACGGAAGAGACCGACUCCUCUGAAAACUGAGCUCUAACCUUUCAACAGUCUGUGACAUGUCACCUUCCACAGUGUGUCCCAAACACACUGAGGCUGUGUAGUACACGUGGCCAUUAUUUGCUAUGUAAACGCAUAGGCGUAAAUCGCGGGGGAUUCUGGGGGGUCAGGACCUACCCUAUCUGAGGGUUGCUAAAAUCAUUAAAAAAACAACAACAAAGCUGUGUAUUGUAAAUAAUGUAGAAUAUAUAAUAAAAAAUAAUUGUGUAGGUAGUGUCUAUGCUACACACACAAGUACGUCCGUUGGGAGCAGCACCGUUAAGAGAGAUGGUGCUGGGUGGGAGAGAGCAAGGUUUAAAUCGCUUCAGUAGCAUUAGUUGUGGAACUCCAGUAAGUAGACAGGGCUACUUUAUUCACUUUAAACAUCGGAUGAAGUGAUUUUGUUUUUCUUCCUGUAAUCCAGAUGAUGCUGUGUCAUUAAUAAUUUGGUCAUGACAAAAUAUAUUCCCAUCAGUCCUCUAUGUUAGCGAUUAUAACGUGAUCUAGCUUGUUUGGCAGCUUGUUUAAUAGCUUGUUGGAUAGUUAGUUAGCUAGCUUGCUUUCACUGGUUACAGAAAAUGAGCCAGCUGGAUGGUUAGUUAGCUUUGCUUGCAGGGGGUUCAGUUCUCAGGUCAGCAUCAUCUGUAUUAAAGAAAAGAAUCACUUCAUCCAGUGUUUAAAGUGAAUAAAAUUGCUUGCCAGCCUACUUAUUGGAGUUCCACAACUACACAUAUCCUCUACAAUGUACAAUUUUGGAUGUAAUGAUUAGUUCCGUCUCCUUCAAAAAUUGCUCUUGAGAAAUUUCAUGUUUAUUGUCCCCGACAACUGCUAGAUGAAAUUUACGCCCAUGUUAAACCCACAAACUAGUAGGGGAUAAGCGCACAACGGUGCAAGAGAACACUCCACGUCGCGUCAGAAUACGCCAUUGUCUUCUUUUUGUUCAGCAUUAAUGUCGAGAAAAGCAGUGAGCAAUCAAAUGAAAUCAGUCACAUCAGAAAGUCCACAUCAGAUUACCCCUGUAAGCACUGGAUGCUACAUAUUGUUCUCUAAAUACUGUGUGGUCCGAAUGAUGUGCAAGUCUCACGUUAUUAUGGAACCCACGCAACUUCUAGGAAAGGCACGCCCUUCAAUCGCAUUCACACACUACUAUUGGCCAGGCAUCCAUGCUUACGCUAGGUAACAUAACCCGAUUUGUUCAGGUCCAAUCCCCUGACCAAUCGGUUAUCCUAACCUGAACCACUUGAGGUCAAUACCUAACCCCAACCAAUCAAGCUGCUUCGUAGAGCGGGCCUUUCCUAGAAGUUACGUGGGUUCCAUAAUAAUGCGCAAAUCCCAUAUCUGCACAUGGUCAUGUGACAUGUUACUGCUCUGCGGUGGCAGGAUGUUUUGAAUUUUACUGUUGUCUUACCAAACUAAAUGUUUGUAUUGGUUGGUAGUACUGCUAUUUAUUUAGCUUGUGAUGAGUAGUACAACCAAGCUGAAUAUCAGUCCAGUUAAGACAAGUAUUUACAAUCCCUGAAAUUCUGUUGUUGUCAUGUCAGAGAAGCCUCUGAAUCAGCAUUUAUACCAUAGCAUCAUGAAACACCAUAACUCUCCACUAAAAGUUAAACUAAUUAAGUAGUUUUAGGUACUGUAAGUGAGCUGCUCCUUUUAUUAAGCAAAACAAUGCAGGUUUCAUUGCUCGUUUUACAGAGUCACUGGAAUAACAGAUAGAAACCUCUGUCAUAUUAUUCACUGUAAAUGCUUGAUUUUUCAUAAAAAGCUGCACUUGAUGUUAGCAAACCAACCUUACUUAUUAGCUUUUUAUCACACUGUGGAUGAAAAUAAGUAUUGUAAUAAGUCCUACUUUGACUGCAAUGACAGACACGUUCUCGAUGUUUUUCAAUCUCUUGUGUUGAGCAUGUUAAAGAACAGGAACUCUAAAAACAAUGACAGGAAAUUCUGAAGGAAUGUUUCUUCCUCUCCCUGCCUGUUCAUAACCUACUCAGUGAACAGCUCAAGCAUAAACUGUAUUUACAGUGUAUUAAAGUUAUUUAUCACCUUUUUUUUUUAUUUGCUGAAAAGAAUGACAUGAAGCUUAAUAUGCGAAGGUGAUAUGGCACAAAUGAAUAUCCUCACUCAUGAAUAAUAAAGAUCUGUGAACUGUGAA